AUGUCGCUGGUGUGCAGCACUUUUGCUUUUGCAGUAUCGAACGAAGUACCGGAACACCCAUGCAUAUCGCCAAAGUCGGGCGCUAUCUUUGAGCGUCGGCUGAUUGAAAAAUACAUCGUAGAGAAUGAGUGCGAUCCAAUAAACGGGCAGCCGCUAACGGUGGAGGAAUUGAUCGAUGUGAAAACUCCACCGAUUGUGCGUCCUAAGCCACCGAGUGCUACCAGUAUCCCUGCCACGCUGAAAACAAUGCAGGACGAGUGGGACGCACUGAUGUUGCAUUCAUUCACACAGCGCCAGCAGCUGCAAACAGCCCGCCAGGAGCUGUCCCAUGCACUCUACCAGCACGAUGCGGCCUGCCGUGUUAUUGCACGACUCAACAAAGAGGUGGCGGCUGCCCGUGAAGCGUUGGCGACACUGAAACCACAGACGGGUAUAUCCGCCAUUCAGGCCGCACCGCAACCGUCGAUCGCUUCGGAAGCGGGUGGUGUCGCUGCACAACCGAUCGAGCAGGCGGGCAUGAGUGCGGAUGUGAUUCAAAAGCUCCAAGACAAAGCUACCGUGCUGACGCAGGAGCGUAAGAAGAAGGGCCGUACUGUGCCGGAGGAAUUGGUCAGUCAGGAAAAGUUGCGCGGCUUUCUUACGCUCGCGUCCCAUCCCGGUUUGCAUUCGGCCAGCGUGCCCGGCAUUUUAGCACUAGACAUCAAUCAUUCCGAUCAGAGCAAAAUCUUGACCGGUGGUAACGACAAGAAUGCAACCGUGUUCAACAAAGACACCGAACAGAUCGUGGCCGUACUGAAGGGUCACACCAAGAAGGUGACAAAGGUAAUUUUCCACCCGGAGGAAGACACUGUCAUUACGACAUCGCCCGACGCCAGCAUACGCGUGUGGCACGUGCCCACUUCCCAGACGCAGUUGCUACUACGAUGCCACGAUGGACCCGUGACCGGACUGUCGCUGCAUCCGACCGGAGAUUAUGUGCUGUCCACCUCAUCCGAUAAACAUUGGGCAUUUUCCGACAUACGCUCAGGGCGGUUGCUUACGAAGGUAGCCGAUACGGCCGAUUACGGCCUAACAUCCGCACAGUUCCAUCCGGAUGGGCUUAUCUUCGGCACCGGUACGGAAGAUUCUCAAGUAAAGAUCUGGGAUUUGAAGGAGCAAAGCAAUGUGGCCAAUUUUGCCGGUCAUACUGGUCCCAUAACUGCCAUUUCGUUCUCCGAGAAUGGUUACUAUCUUGCUACCGCGGCCGACGAUGCGUGCGUGAAGCUGUGGGAUUUGCGUAAGCUGAAAAACUUUAAAACCAUCCAGCUGGACGAUGGGUACGAGGUGAAGGAUUUGUGCUUUGAUCAGAGUGGAACAUACCUUGCUAUUGCCGGCACCGACAUACGUGUCUACCUUUGCAAACAGUGGCAAGAGCUGAAGGUAUUCAACGAUCAUACGGCAUUGGCGACGGGUGUCCGAUUUGGCAAGCAUGCACAGUACAUCGCUUCCACGAGCAUGGAUAGAACGCUGAAACUGUAUGGUAUUGAGUGAACAAAAUAAGGAAAAGUGUG